UCCCCUUCACAAGAGAGAGUUCCGCGAGAGAGAUCAAUGAUCAUGGCCGAACCCAUGGCGAGCAUGGAACACCAACAGCAUUUACAAAUCACCUUUUUCACAAAGCAAGCUCAAUAUUCAAUUCCUGAUGCACCGUACUCAUUGCCGUCAUCCUUUGGAUCACAAGAACUGAAUGGCAUAGUACACAGUGUUUUGUACGAAGGAGCAACGAAAGAUGCUGUUGAUUUUGAUUUUUUGAUUGAUGGUGAAUUCUUGAGGACCAGUCUUGAGACUCAUUUGGAGGAUAAGAAUAUUUCUGCUGAAAAUGUCAUUGAGGUUGAGUAUGUGGAGCGCGCUGCUGCCCCAAGACCUGAAACAUCUUUGGCACACGAUGACUGGGUUAGCUGUGUCAGAGGCAGUAAUGACCUUAUUCUAUGUGGCUGCUAUGACAACACUCUACGUUUGUGGACACGUGAUGAAAAGUGCCUCACUACAAUCCCAGGACACACUGGCCCAGUCAAAUGUCUUGCAUGGCUGAAGCAUGAAGAAUCUGAUGAAUCUCCAUGUAUGUUUGUGAGUGGUUCACAUGAUCAAACAUUAUUUGUUUGGAGGUAUCAGCGAUCAAGCAACAACAUUGACUGUGUCUUCGCUUGCAAGGGACAUGCUGGCAGUGUAGACUGUGUUGCUGUCAACCAGGAUGGGGAGAGGAUUGUUACUGGCUCUUGGGAUAAAAUGAUCAAGCUGUGGUCAACUGUUGAGUCUGAGGUUGGCAACCAAGAUCCAGAAGAUGAAGAAGAGAGCAGAAUCAAGAAAAAGCUGAAGAGCUCUGGACAAAAGGUGUCGUUGAGAGUUCCUCUGGUCACCUUAGCCGGACACAAGGAAGCUGUGUCUUCUGCCACAUGGAUCAGUUCAUCAAGCAUUUGCACUUCAUCGUGGGAUCACACUCUGCGAGUCUGGGACAUGACCACCUCCCAGCCAACAGCGGUUUGUGAAGGUUCCAAGGCAUUUUUCUCAAUUGCUCAGUCACCGUUAUCGAAUCUGAUUGUUUCUGCAUCAGCUGACCGACAUGUUCGACUCCAUGAUCUGCGAACUAAAGAAAUGAAAGGGACAUACACUUCACACACUGCCUGGGUUUCAAGUGUGGACUGGUCAAAGAACAAUGAACAUCUUUUUAUCUCAGGUUCUCAUGACAUGGUUACGAAGCUCUGGGAUGUCAGAAGCUCUAAGGCCCCUUUGUACAACCUGGUUGGCCAAGAAGAUAAAGUCUUGGCUGUAGACUGGUCCAUCCCUGAUCUACUUCUCUCUGGAGGUGCAGAUAAUCAGUUGAAGAUUUUCAACUACAAGCAAACCGUGAAUUGAUUAUAUGUCAGUAAAUAAAAAUUGUUCAAGUAAAAAC